CACGCCUCGCAACAUCGUCGUGUUCACUUGUAACCCCCAAGCACCGUGGCACCGACCUGUCUCUACCACAGUUCCCCUCAAUUGCCACUGACAGUUAUCCCCCGGUUGCAGACGUUGCGUCCAGAUCGUCGCCAUGGUCCAAGUUGCCCGUCUCCUCGCUCUCGUGAGCGCAGCUCCCCUAGUCGUGGCCAGCGCACUGCUGCCUCCUCACAAGUGCCCUGUCGUCGACACUUCGAUCGUGGCUCACACCGGCGCGGCUGUUGGCAAAGUCAAGGACGUGGAGGGCGUCGACUUGUACAUCACGGGCCCCAAGAAGUCCAAGACGGCUGUGUUGUACCUCACUGAUGUGUUUGGCAUCCAGCUCAACGAGAACAAGCUGCUCGCCGACAGCUUCGGCCGUGCAGGCUUUCUGACCGUGGCACCCGACAUGUUCCAAGGCCAGCCCGCGCCCGGGGACAUCAACGGCACGCCCGACUUCGACCUCGAGCAGUUCCUCUAUGACCACCGCCCCGAGAUCACAGACCCCAUCAUCGCGUCCACCAUCAACUACAUGCGCGACACACUGAAGGUCGAGAAGAUCGCCAUCACCGGCUACUGCUUCGGAGGCCGCUACUCAUUCCGCUUCAUCGCGGACGGCAAGGGCGGUGACGUCGGCUUCGCAGCCCACCCGAGUCUGCUUGAGAAUCCCGAGGUCGAGGCCAUCACCAAGCCCAUCUCGGUAGCUGCCGCUCAGAACGAUGAUCUCCUUCCCGCGCCCGCGAGACACGCCCUCGAGGAUCUGCUCAUGUCCACUGGCCAAGAAGCCACCUUCGCCACUUACGGCGGCACCCAGCAUGGCUUUGGCGUCCGCGCCAACGUGACUGAUCCCAGGCAGAAGUUUGCCAAGGAGGAGGCUUUCAUCCAAGCCGUGCGCUUCUUCCAGAAUUGGGUCUAGUCGCAGAGCUGCACGCGAGAGUUUGCGAGAACUGCCAAGUCAGAGAUGGGUUGAAGUGGUGCUAUGGUCGACUCCCCUACUCUGCUCGUGACUCAAGAGCUUUAUUAGAUUGCGUCCUUAGAUAUAGCUAUAGUUAUGUUUAGCACAAAUAUCUACUUCCAGGAUGAGCGCUACGACUUAUGGGCUACGAACCACGUGAAUAGGAGUCGCGCACCAAUGCGUUCCGCAUGACGUACAGCUCGAGGAAGAUGUGACACUGCAGCAAGCAUAAUUAGGUCGGGAAGGAGUAUAAUGAGGCGCCGGUGUGAAUAAGUUGAGUAUCAAAGAGGUAGAAUGCCUCUUACUUGCGUCGUAGUAGGGUGGUCAACUAUUAGGUUCUGAAGUACAC